CCAGCUACCUUUCUGUGCCAGUGAGCAUAGUUACUGUAGGAAGAUUUACCAUAUUAUUGUCUGGUUCUUUCUGUCCUUCAUGUAAAUGCUUUUUGCAUUAUUUAAAUUUCAUAGUAUGAGCUAUCAGAUGUUGUACAAAGCCAUCUGGGAAAUUUGUCAUUUUUAUGGUUUUUGUUUUACAGCUUGUAGACCUGGGCAUGAUCGCCAGAGACAGAGGCAGCUAAGAGAGGCAGUGCUGAAAAAAACGGUGUUGGUGAUGGAAUUAGUGAUUUGGUUUUUAGUGUCGCAAAAGGCUUGGUUUUUUUCCCCCUAUAUGCUGCGAUGCCCAAAAGGAGAAUGGGAGCCUGCUCUACUAGAGGGACAAACACAGGAAGCUGAGUCCUGAAAAUGACUGAUCAUAAGUCUUAUUUCCCUUUUGCAGAAGUGCCAGCCUCAGUAUUCUGAGGAAAUCCAUCCUUAAAUAAUUAUGUUCUGCCUUCUUAGCUUUUCUACAAGUACCUGAAUUUUUCUUGCCUGUCUCUAACAGCUCAUCUGUGCUGGUGCGUGUAUUCUGUUCACUAGCAACAAAGCACGUGUCUAUUUAAGAGUUUGUGCCAAGGUGAAAAAAUAUAUCAAAAAGGAGAAGCGUUAGUUUGAAAUUGUGUGUGGUUUUCUGUAAGACCAGUUCUGAAAAUUGUCCUUGGUUGUAGCUCCAUCUCUGAGAGCUUUGUCAGCUGAAUUUUGUGGAGAGUAUGCUGGAAUGUUGCUUCGUGACAAAAUUAGAAUCCCCUUUCCCCCUUUUCAUUAGCUGAAGAGUUUUCUGUUUUCAGUCUAGCUGUGGUGGUUCAGGUGUUCCCUGCUGGCAGCCUUGUCCCCAGCAGUGACCUUUGUCAUUGAAUCCGGUGUCGUUCAAACCUGAUUCUCCCUUCCUGUUUUCCUGUGGUUUGCCACACAACUGUUGUCUGGCGGAGCAGAGUACAAGGAUCUAUUGAGGAAGCUGCUCUUUCACUAGGCAGCGAUGGCAGGUGAAGACUGUGUAAGAAAACGCCAGCCUGGCUCCACUACAACCUACAAGACGCCUGAGAAUGAAGAAACGCAGAGGAGACCUGAGAGCGAGAGGUCGUUUCAAAAUUCAAGCAAUGGCCGGGUUGAUGUUGACCAUGUGAUAACAAGGAAAAUGCAGCUAAUAGCAGAAGCUGAGCAAUUGAAGCCAGCUUUCAUGAAGGAAGUGGACAGUCACUUCACGGAAUUUGUGAACAGUUUGGUGGCAAAAUCAGCACUCCUGGAUUCCUCAUCUUCAGCCUCCCUCUUCCCAGCUUCCUGCUCAGAGAAGGAACUGCACAAAGCCAAGACCUUGAGGGCCCCUCCAGAACAUGGGAAGUUCUUUACUGCCAGGAGAUCCCUUUUGGAUGAGCUGUUUGAAGUGAGUCACAUCAGGACGAUCUACCACAUGUUCAUCGCCCUUCUCAUUGUCUUCAUCCUCAGCACACUUUUAGUAGACUUCAUUGAUGAAGGAAGGCUGGUCCUAGGAUUUGAUCUCUUGGUCUUUGUUUUUGGAAAGUUCCCAGUUGUCUUCUGUACUUGGCUGUGCAUGUUCUGUGCCACCGUUCUCGUUCCAUACAACCUUUUCGUCUGGUGGGCCCAAGGCUACAGCAGUUCCUCCCAUCGUAGAAUCCACUCUCUCUUCUAUGGGGUGUUGUUCAUGCUCUUCCAAACAGCUGGGCUUGGACUUGGACCAACCUAUAUUGCUAUAACAUAUGCCCUACCUCCAGCUUCCCGUUUUAUUGUAAUACUGGAACAGGUCCGUCUUGUUAUGAAGGCUCAUUCAUUUGUCCGGGAGAAUGUGCCCAGAGUCCUGUCCUCUGUGAAGGACAAGUCCAGCACAGUACCUAUUCCUACAAUUUCUCAAUACCUGUACUUCCUCUUUGCUCCCACCCUGAUCUACAGAGACAACUAUCCCAGGAAUCCUGUGAUAAGAUGGGGCUAUGUAGCUACCAAGUUUGCACAGGUGCUUGGUUCACUUUUCUAUGCCUACUACAUCUUUGUGAGACUCUGCAUUCCUCUGUUUCACAACAGUAGUCAAGAAACCUUCAAUCUUCGAGGGCUGGUCCUCUGUAUCUUCAAUUCCAUUCUGCCAGGUGUGCUGAUUCUCUUCCUGGUUUUCUUUGCGUUCCUUCACUGUUGGCUUAACGCAUUUGCUGAGAUGCUGCGCUUUGCAGAUAGGAUGUUCUACAAGGACUGGUGGAACUCUACUUCCUAUGCAAACUACUACCGAACCUGGAAUGUGGUUGUACAUGACUGGCUCUAUUACUAUGCCUACAGGGACUUCCUUUGGUUUUUUGGUAAGAAGUUCAAAGCAGCAGCUAUGCUGUCUGUCUUCACAGUAUCAGCUGCUGUACAUGAAUAUGUUCUGAGCAUCUGCUUCGGCUUCUUCUAUCCAGUUCUCUUUUUCCUGUUUAUGUGCUUUGGAAUGGUCUUCAACUUCAUCCUUAAUGACCGUCGGAAAGGGCCCAUCUGGAACGUGAUCAUGUGGACUUCCCUCUUCCUGGGCCAAGGUGUCAUCAUUUGCCUCUAUAGCCAGGAGUGGUAUGCCCGCCAGUACUGCCCUACGGAAAAUCCCACGUUCCUGGACUACCUAAAACCACGCUCAUGGUCAUGUCAUAUGAAGAUGUAAAAAUGCUAUGCUCUGGCCAUGUCAUCAUCACAGAAGAUGAAAGUCGUCCUCCAAGUACUUGGACCAAUGACCUAACUCACAAGGGACAUUUUCUAAGGGAAGUUGUGCCUCCUGAUUAUUGGGGAGAAACUGUAAUUUUUUUUUUUUUAAACAUUACUGAAGCAAACCAGUUGACCUGGAUUGCAGCAGGCUUCGUAGGCAGCGUUUGCUACAUGCUGUCCCACUUUUGAGACGUUUUCCUGCCAGUAAAACAUUGAGCUGAUGGUAGAGUCUACUGGAAUCCUACUCAUCCAGGGGUCCCCCAAGUUGCUGCUGGACAGUAGAUUGUCUAGUCAGAUUUGCUAGUAGAUCAUUGUUGGCGUCCGUCCAUCUUCCUUAACCACCCCUUUGAAAUUUUUUUUUUCUCUCCCUUUUGGUAAUGGAAUAUCUACAAAACUUCUCUCUUCUUUGUGAUCCUGUCCGCUGCUGUGAUGCAGACAAGUGACAGAGCAACAGGAUAUUUGCCUCCUUGCUCUGAAAAUAGCCAGAGUAUUCCUGGAUGGCUCUGAACUGCGUUCUGUGUAUGUUGGCUGCCUACAGAUUUAAAAUGGGCAGAGGAAGAGGGGAUUGUCAGUUUACUCGUGGCUGCAUUGGAGAAUCAAGUUCAGAGGCAGGGCACAGCGUGUGCAGGCUUAUAUGACUUUUUACACUGAAAAUUCAUGGUUUUUUCUGUAUUCAUCAAUUUCUCAACUGACUUAACAGCAUUUUUGUUCUCUGAAGGCCUUUGUGACUGGAGGAAUAGUUUGAUUUUUUUUUUUCUUCUAGCUUUUCCUUUCUCUUGCUCCAGAUAAUCAAUUAUUUUUAACACAAUUAACGUGUAAAAGAGCUUGUGCUUUAAGAUCUGAAAUACUAUGACCCAACUGUAAGAAAAUGCAAUCGACUUUACAGGUACAUAGUGCAUUUUCAUCUGAAAUGGCUAUGUCCAGUUCAACAUGCCAGCACGUCUCAGUGCCUCUUAACAAUGUGUAUUGUAGCAGCUUCUGCCACUGUCGGUGGGAAAUGAAGGUUGUCGCGGUGGCUGGAAUCAGAGCUGCUUUUUCAUCUGCCUGUGUCUGCUCUUAUGUCAGUGGGGACUUCAGGUGAAGACCAGGUUCCUAGGUAUUGCCCUCUUCUCCCUGAAGAGGUAGGACAUCCUCCUGUACACACUGCUAAAGGGAGAAACAUUGUGUGAUUUUUUUGGUAUUUCAAUAUCUAUUAAGUAGGCAGAGUCCCUUCAGUUUCCUCAUUCUGUCAGAUGCUAAGCACAAAAGGGAAUUUACAUGGUAUGUGGGGUACGUAUCUCUCCAGUUUUACUGGAACUGCAGCUCCUGUUAUUGCAGAGAGAGGGUGACCGGAUGGAGGUACCUUAACUUUGGUCACAGGGAUUUCUGAAUUACUCAAAUGUUCUUGGCACUUCUCAGUAACAGCUUUUCCUUACUGACCUACAGCCUAGGUGUUGGAUACCAGCAGUAUUGGGGCUGUUGAUGGACUUGUCUCCAAGUCCACUUCAAGCUGUCUUUUGGGCUUCUGUUUUUACUAACCCGAAUCAAAAGUAAUUUCAUGAAAGCUAGGCGAUACUUACAGUAUUCUAGGUUUUCAGUUUCCUGUCAGAAGGAAUCUGGCUCUUCAGAAGGGACAUUGUGUCAGGUCAAAUUUGCCAAAUACACCGUUUGCAUACGUGGCUCUCCUGAAAUAUUUCCUACUAGAACUUGUUUGUUGAAACAGCUAGGUUAAUUUCAGAGGACAGAGUAAAUGUAUAUACUGAAACUUGGCAGUAUUAGUAUAUAAAAUCCUGAAAAUCAAAUGGGUUACUUUCUCCUCAUUCAGUUUGAUUAAACCUAAAACUUUCACUGUACCUUUUGUGGGAGGAAGGGACAGAACUGCUGGAGCAACGAAGCCUCCUUUUUUAAAAAAACAAACAAAACAUCCCACUCUUUGGCCAAACAGCUUUGUCACCUCCUUAAUAUAGGAUGAAAUUCAGUCCAGUACUACUUAGUUGUGGUGCUGAAAACACUUACGUACAGCUGUAAUUGCACUCAAAUAGGGUGUGAUGGAUUUGGGACUUGAUUUGUCUUCCUGCUGCCCGUGUCAGGUCUUGCUACUGUCUCAGUGCUCUCAAAAGGAGAUCAAGUCAUGGCGCUUUGUGCCAGGUUUUGGUGUCUCCCUUGCAGCUGGCGCUGCCUACUCCUAAUAAAGAACAUCAGCGUUUACUGUGUCAGCAUCCUGAGUGUUUGAAGCCUCAGGGCUGGAGCAUCUGGCAAGCAAAAGGCAACCAGAAUGGGAUGCUCAGCUGUUUCAACUAGUCUUAGUUUUUGACAGGUUGAGGUUUUAAGCCUUGUAGAUCAAGGCAUCUGGCAACCGUGCUGUUAGGGCAUUAACAACUGGGAUUGGUUUCAAUUUCAUGGGUGUUUAUUUUUUUUCUUCAAAUUGCUUUUGAUUGUGGGCUUAUUUUCAUUUUUCUCAAGAGUACUGGAGGGGAAAUACAAAGUUUUUUGCACAUUGCUUGUUCAAUUAGAAUCAAUUAUACCAUGUUUAUUUGAGUUUCCUUAGGCUGUGAGUGCCAGAGCUAGCAGUAUGGCGUUCUGGUCAAUAAUGAGGACGGAUAAAGUUCACAACACGCCCUUUACAAGUUCUUAAUAAUAGUAUAUACUGUUUUCUGUGGUUCUUUCCAAUGCAAGAAUUAUGCAGCUUGCUUCCAUGGUAACUCCCUCAGUUUUGAGGUGGGAAGCCUCCAGCUUUGGAAUGGCAUCCAGUACAGCUGCAGCUCCUUGCUCAAUAACAUCACAAAAAUCAGUAUUAAUAUGGUGAAAUGUGUCCCGGUUGUCAUGCAGGUAACAGUUUGUUCUCAGGAAGACUGAACCUCUGCAGGGUCUUCAUGCCUAGUUCGUCCUUUCUGUUGGAAUAUUUAACUUCCAGCCUUUGAAGGUGGAGCAGUCUGCCUCUGAGCUGCUAACUGUAUGCUAUCCUGCGACAGCCGUCUGAGUAAGGCACGUGCUACAUGCUGUAGUGGGGAGGAGGGGGAAAUCCUGAUGUAUUUUAUUGUGUGUGUGGUCGAUGUGACUCAGUCCACCCGCUCAAGGCAAACCGAACUGUUUGUGACUCCCACCUUCUGAAUGUAGAUGGGCUGGAAGGACGGCGGUCCAGCCUGAGCUGUGAGACAGCCCGCGGGCUCUGCAGCAGCAGGGUUCUGGACCGGCUCCCCACAGUACCUCCGAGCCGGGGUUAUGGACCGGCUCCCCACAGCACCUCUGAGCCAGCCGAGUUCAGCCUUGCCUCUUCUCCCCACGCUUGUGGCCAGGGCCGAGUAGCCACCACUGCCCCUACGCCUGCGGUGGCUGGGGAGAGGGGCGCAAGCAGAGCUGUGCACGGGCCAUGGCCCUGCCACCAGCAGUUCCCUGUACACAACCUGUACCCUGUUCUGUCAUGCAGAAGAGCUGUUUAUAAUCUACUGGAUUACAGCAGUUGAAAUAUAUUUUGCUAUUAGGGGAGGA